AUGGUUCUCGGUGGUAGUUUUGAUGAUGAUGAUGCUCAUGGAGGUUCAAUAACCAUUAGUGGUGGGAAAGAACCACCCACUGUCAGUUACCAAUGUCUGCUAUCAUCCCCACCUUAUCUCAGGUUCAACUCCAUUGUUGUUUCUGUUGCAGAGCCAAUGAGGAUGAGAUGGAGAAUACAGGAGAGGCUAAAUAAAGGAGGAAAUGGAUGGGAGGUGAUAAUCGGUGGUGAUUGUGGUGUUGCCGGAAAAAAUAGAGGUGUAGGGGUUCUUUUCCUCAAAUUUGAUUUAGGGUUGCUGACAGGAAGGGAUAGCAGUGGAUCUGUUAGCAUUGACCGGGGUAGGGUCAACAAAUCAUUAACCUUGGCCGGUAGCGUCCGAUGGUGCCAUGGUAGUGGUGGUGGGAGCAAAUUGCAGCUUUCGGUUGUAAUGGAGAGGUGGAUUAAAUGUUUCAAGAGGUGA